AUGGGCCUCAGCUUGACAAAGGAGGACUUUCAGAAGUGCGCUGCCAAUCCGGUCCCCAUACUCCUGGGCUUUAUCUGCCAGUACUCCAUCCUGCCGCUCCUGGCCGUCCUCAUUUCUCGCGUGAUGAACCUUCCCGCCGCGUUUGCGACCGGCCUCAUUCUGCUGGGCUGCUGCCCCGGCGGCCAGGCCAGCAAUGUGGCCACAUAUGUGGCGAAUGGCGAUGUGGCGCUGUCGGUGCUCAUGACGGCGGCCUCCACCGUGGCGGCCUCAGUCAUGACCCCCACCCUGACCUCGCUGCUGGCUGGCGCCUACAUUCCAGUGGACGCCCUGGCCCUGUUCAAGUCGACAGUGCAGCUGGUGCUGCUGCCCACGGUGCUGGGCCUGCUGGCCAACGAGUUCUUCAAGAAGCAGGUGGACGUCGUGCGGCCGCUGAUGCCGCUCCUCGCGCUGGCGCUCACUGUGAUCCUAUGUGCGGUGCCGGUGGCCCAGGUGGCUGAUGUGCUGCGCGCCAGUGGCCUGGCCGCCUGCACCCCCGUCAUCCUGCUCCACUCGUUUGGCUACCUGCUGGGAUAUUUGCUGCCCAGGCUGCUAGGCUUCAACGAGAAGACGUCCCGCACCGUCUCCCUGGAAACUGGGCUCCAGUCAGCGGCGCUGGGCUACACCCUCAGCACCAAACACUUUGCAGACGUGCUGGUGGCUGUGCCGUCCAGCGUGAGCAUCGUGUUCAUGGUGUGGCUGGGCGCUGCGCUGGCGGUGGUUUGGCGCCUCAUUCCGCUCAAGGAUUGA